CUCCCCGGGUGUGAUCAACACCAAACCCGACCUGGGGAAACCGGGGCCGCCCACACGACUCCCCCAGCCCAGCAGAGCCAGCAAUUAAAUUUCUGUGGACAGGAAAGGUGGCCUAUAGGGAGAGGCAAUCCCAGCGUGGAUGGGGUGACCCAGCCCAGCGCCAUGUGCUCCCGCCAGGACAAGGACCAGUGCCACCGGCAGCAGCGCCAGAGCAGCGGUGGCUGUCACAGCUCGGGGGGUGGCGGCUGUCACAGCUCGGGAGGUGGCGGCUGCCACAGCUCCGGCGGCUCCGGGGGCUGUCACAGCUCCGGGGGCAGCUCUGGUGGCUGUCACAGCUCCGGUGGUGGCGGCUGUCACAGCUCUGGUGGCUCCGGGGGCUGUCACAGCUCUGGGGGUGGCGGCUGCCACGGGAAGCCGCAGCAGCAGCAGCAGCAGCAGCAGGUGCAGGUGCAGCAAGUGCCGCAGAUGCCGCAGCAGAAAAUGAAGUGACAGCAGCAGAUGAGGUGACAGCCCCCGAGGUGACAUCGUGGCCCACGCCUUGUUCCUGUUCCCUCCGGAGCCUGGGCAGGGCCUGGCCGGGGCUGUCCUGGUGGCCCGGGCUGUGCCCUGGCCAGUAAAUGUGACAAUAAAGAGUCACAUUCCCU